AUGAGUCAACACUUUGACAAACUUAGAGAGCAGUUCGGUGGCAUUGCCGAUGGACUUGACGAAUGGCAGAAGAUCAACCGCAAUGGUGGCUCUGCCUCUUCAGGAGGCCCCAGAUUCUGCGAAAGAACCCCCCAUCAGACAUCCUCUGGCACCUUCGUCUGCGAUUGCGGCUGGAAUGACCAAGCCCGUAAGGCAGACAGCAUCCAGUUCACCGAGUCUCACAUCCUCAGCCUGGGCGGUGUCCUCUGGUCUCAUGUUGAGGAGACUCCUGGGAUGUACAUGUGUCGAGCAUGCGUCAACGAGUAUCCGGAUCGUCACAAUGUGUACAACCUGGAUGAGUUUGGAGCUCAUCUUGACAGAACUCAUCGAUUCUGGAAGAAUGUUCUCAAGGACUACAUCGAGAGAUGGUAUGGGCGCUUUUUGCAGCAGUUUUGA